GAAAAAGAAAAAGCGGAAGUGCUAUUAUAGCUGUCACAGUACGACGAGGAAUAAAGCGCGAGGUUGAUUUUGUUGUCUUGUGUGCUCGUCGGACUGUUUACGACAUCAACAUGUUGAAAGAGUUGGUGAAGGAGAGACUCCUCGCGGCCGCCGAGGAAAUCUUCGGACUGUUUGAAACCACGAUAGCGUCGUACGAGGAGCAACUUUGUCGAGCGAGAGAGGAAAACAAACAACAAAGACAAGAACUGGAAGCUGUUUGCAAGCCUGAAGUUGGAGUACAUGUCCAAUACAGCCAGCAGCACACCGGGAGCUCCACUUUGAAGCAGGAGUAUCUACAGGCCCCUCACAUUAAGGAGGAAAAGGAGGAGGCUGACAUCAGUAUGUUGCCACUCACUGGUCCCCAAGUUGAGAGCGAAGAUGGCAACGACGGACCACCCGAGUUGUCACAGUGCCAUCUCAGUCCGAUUGGAGACCGCUGCGGAGGACCACCGCCAGAUGACCUUUUAGCCCCACUUUCAGAUUGUGACGACAUGGAAGAGCUUUUUAGGAGUGACGGAGAUCGUCAGGUUGACCACAAACAAUUAAAUCACUCUGAAAAGGGGAUGACUUUUGCCAAAGAGGAAAAUGCACAAAUGUGUGAGCAACAUUUUACUUGCUCAAUUUGCGGUAAAAGUUUGGCGAGCAACUCGAAAUUGACGAGACACCUGAGAACGCACACGGGAGAAAAACCAUUUGCUUGUUCAGUUUGUGGUAAAAGAUUUACUCAGAAUCCAAACAUGGUAUCUCACAUGAGAACACACACUGGAGAAAAACCCUUUAUUUGCUUGGUUUGUGGCAAAGCAUUCAAUCAGAAGCCGCAUCUUGUAUCACACAUGAGAACACACACGGGAGAAAAACCUUUCAGCUGUUCAAUUUGUAGUGGAAGGUUUCGUCAUAGGUCCCAUUUAAAUGCUCACAUGCGCAAACACCAAACAGGAAGAAUAAACAUUUCGGACAAGUCUACGGGUUAGGGGUAAUAGUCUUAAAAAAAAAAAAAAAAAAAAAAUGCAAGUGUUUUCUUUGCCGUGUACCACAAAUCAGUGUUGUAAUUGUCAUACUUCUCAGCUGAUUCAUCCAUCCAUUUUUCUUAGCCUCACUAUAAAAAUCCUUAUACUGUCUUCCAUCCAUCCAUUUUCUGAACCGCUUAUCCUCACGGUGGUUGCGGGAGUGCUGGAACCUAUCCCAGCUGUCAACGGGCAGGAGGCGGGGUACACCCUGAACUGGUUGCCAACCAAUCGCAGGGCACAUAGAGACAACCAGCCGCGCUCUCAAUCACACCUAGGGGCAAUUGACCCCUCCGUACAGGGCACUUAACCACGCCUCCUGAAGUGACGUCACGCCACAUGCGGUGACGUAAGACAAACAAUUCGUAAAAAAUGGCAAAUACAAUACAAUACAUUGUUAACUGAGACAGACGCCAUGCUUCUGAUUUCAUUCAAAUCAACGAUAUAUUAUAGAUUCUAAAUACAAUACAUUCUGAACUGAGAGAGACGCCAUCCUUCUGAUUUCAUUCAAUCAUUCACACGUAGCAAUGUUAUGCUAGCGAAGAACGUCGCAUUCAUUUAUACGAGACGUGUAUUAAAAAUCAAAUUUAGGGCAUAUCUUCAUGCAAACACAGUCUGGUUAAGCUUCGGCCGCGAGCCAGCAAGAAAGUGACACGUUUGUGCAGUCCGAUCCUCGCUAAACAUCGCUCAACAAAGAAUAAGUGUGUCAAUCGUUCACACGUAGCGGUGUUAUGCUAGCGAAGAACGUCUCAUUCAUUUAAACGAGAUAUGUAUUAAAAAUCAAAUUUAGGGCAUAUCUUGUGCAAACACAGUCUGAUUAAGCUUCGGCCGCGAGCCAGCAAGAAAGCGACAUGCUUGCGCAGUCCGAUCAUCGCUAAAUAUCGCUCAACAAAGAAUAAGUGUGUCAAUCGUUCACACGCAGCAGUGUGAUGCUAGCGAAGAACUUCGAAUUCAUUUAUACGAGACAUGUAUUGAAAAUCAAAUAUAGGGCAUACCUUCGUGCAAACAUAUCUGUUCCGGUUGAUAUUAGAUGGAUUUAGCUGAUGAUGCGGUCUUCCACAAAGUUUGAUCCAUCGAAGGCAUUUUUCAUACUGGGUCUUCGGUUUUGGAAAGGGUACGAAUCGAACUCCACCAACUAGCUUUUCAGGAUACCUGUCGUCACUAUUACAAAGUCCGUGACUACACCUCUUAACCAUAUCUUUUGUUAAAUAAACCAAAUAUGCGAUAAAAUGCUAACAAAACCUAUACUGGACCAUUCAAUGUUGUCUGAGAAAAUGGCGGGAGCAAAAACAGGCUUUGGUUUAUACAGAUCUCUAGCCUCUGAUUGGUCAGUUACGCGGAUUGCGCAAUAUCCACGGAGGGGUCAAUUUAGAGUGUGCAAACAAUGUUGCAUGUUUUUGGGAUGUGGGAGGAAACCGAAGUGCCCAGAGAAAACCCACACAGACACAGGGAGAACAUGCAAACUCCACACAGGCAGGUCCGGGAUUGAACCUGGGACCUCAGAACUGUGAGGCCAAGACUUUCCAGCUGACCCACCUUGCCAACAGGUGAUUCAUUAUCAGUAUUUGUGAAUAUAUUGUACCUCACGUUAUUUUUACAGUUGGAUUGAGUUUGAUUUUGAUUCUUUAGGCUCUGAUUUGAUUUGAUAUUGAUUUAAAUGCUUUGAUAUUGAUUCAGUUAGAUAGAUAUACAGCGGCUGAAAUAACUAUGAACAAGUCACCACUUUUUCUUAUUACAUAUGUUUCCAAAGUUGCUAUUGAUGUGAAAAUUUCCCCAGAUGUUAGGAACAAGCCAAGUAAAUCAUAUAUAGUAAGUAGACUAUAAGUCCGAAAUGAAGCUCCGCGUGAUAAUGCUAAAUGGCACAAGGAAAAGUACUGAAUGUGGCAACAGGUAUUUUGUUAAUACUUUGUACAAAGGCCUUUGUUUGCAAUGACAGCAUCAAGAUGCCUCCUGUAUGGAGAAACUAGUCGCAUGGAUUGCUCUGGUGUGACUUUGGCCCAUUCCUCCACACAAGUAGUCUUCAAAUCUUGAAGGUUCCGUGGGCUCUUAUGAAUCUUUAGUUUCAUUUCUUUCCAUAGAUUUCCAAUUGGAUUCAAGUCAGGUUAUUGGCUGCGCUAUUCGAGUAACAGCUUUUUUUUUUCUUUUCUUUGAGUCCAAGUGAGUGUUUCCUUGGAAGUAUGUUUUGGAUCAUUAUCCUGCUGACAUGUCCCUCCUCGUUUCACUUGCAUCAUCCUCGUAUAUGGCACCAAACGUUUGUGUCAAGAAUGUCUUGGUACAUUUGCCCAUUCGUUCUUCCUUCAGUAAUGUGACGUUUACCAGUACCAUUUGUUGAAAAGCAGCCCCACACCAUCAUGUUCCCACCCCUGAACUUCACUAUUGGUAUGGUGUUUUUAUGGUAAUGUUCAGUGCCAUUUCUCCUCCAAACAUGGUUUGCAUUUUAGGAUUCAAAUAGUUCAAAUUCAGUCUCAUCUGACCACACUAUCUUCUCCCAGCAUUUAACUGGCUUGUCCAAAUGUUGUUUAGCGAACCAGUGCAAUUAUGUUUCGCAACAAUAAAUUUGCGAUGGUCUUGAGACAGCCCCCUUCUCUUACCCAUCAUGAGACGCCUCGACUUGCACGUUGACAAUGAAACCUUUUUGUAGGCCAUCAAUUAAGACUCAACCAGAUGAGUUUCAUUUGCACUGACAAAGGGGCUAGAUUGGAGUUUGAUUAUUGAAAGAUUUUCGGUGUUGUCUUGGCUUUCGAUGGCUUUGUGCAGCUCCCUUUCUUAUAGUGUUCAAUACUUUUUCCAGGUUUCAUUUCACAUUUUGACACACAACUUCAUUUCUGAGUUUAUUUAGUCCACUUUCUUUGUAUUUUGCGAUGACAUUUUGUUCCCAACAUCUGGUGAAGGUGUCAGGUCACUAGCACCUUAAGGGUACAUUUAGUGAGGAAAAAUGGUGGCGUGUUAAAUACUCCAGCUGCUGUAUGCGGCAUGUUGCCUAAAAUUUCUGAGAAAUGAAACAUGAAAAUUAAUGUUUGCUCAAUAAUAAUCCAUUUGUGCAUGUGGAGUGAAAGCACUGAAAAAGUAAAACUCACGGGCUUGAAUACUACUGCUAUCAUGAUGGAAAUAGUGAUGAAAAUAAAGAUUCUU